AUGAACAUUGGCACCAGCAUGAACAUUGGCACAUUGCAAGCGAAACCUCUCUACCUCGGUCGUCGUCUGCUGGGCGAAGGAGGUUUCGGCAAAGUCUACGAAGUAGAGCGAGCUUCGGACAAGAAGCUUUUCGCUCUGAAGAUCGUCACGGUCAGCACCAAUGCCGAGCAACGAAAGAUUGCUGCUCAAGAAGCAGCACUUCACUCGAAACUGGCACACCGCAACGUCAUCGCUUUACUCGAAUAUUGGGAAAUCGAACGCUCAUUGCAUCUUCUUAUGGACCUGGGGACUUAUGGGGACCUAGAAAUGUAUCUGGCUCAGAGGAACAAGUCUACAUGGUCGAUUGGUCAGGACAACCAAGUGUCGGUGAUUCAUCGCGACUUGAAACCCUCCAAUGUCCUGAUCGACCACAAUUUCCGUGCAAAAAUCGCCGACUUUGGCUUGGCAAUCACGCCUGGCUUCAGAUCGCCAGAAAUGCUGAGAGGCGAAAAAUACGGCGUCAAAAGCGACUUGUGGUCUCUCGGAUGCCUUUUCUUUCAAAUUCUGACAGGAAAACACCUGUUUGAUGAAGGUGGUGUCAACAGAGAUCAAAAUAUUUUACGGAGUCGUAGCUUGGCCGCUCUCGCCGAUCUAAACCUUCCUGAGAAAAACGUGGUCAACAGUCUUCUUCAAGCUGUGCCAUUACAGAGGCUGUCCUCGGCCCAGCUACUUGCCAAUUCUGCUGUCAUAGAUUGGCUUGCAGACACGCCCCUUCGCCCAUCGGAAGUCUUGAUGAUGUGCAUCGAGAGAACACUCGGGUCGAUUCCGCAUCUCCCGUCGGACCGCCUGAGGAGACGAAAAAAAAACCUGUUCGUCACAAACUCGUGA